GCCCCCCGCCGGGCCCCGGCAGCCCCUCCGGCCCCUGGGGCCCAGGCCGGCCGAUCCCGAGCGGGGCGCCGCUCGCUCGCUCGCCGCGGUGACCGCGCCAGGCCGGCGGGCGCCCCCUUGGCCUAGCCAGCCCCGCGCACGAGCCGGCGCCUGGGCCCCUGGCCGCCUCCGCUUCCCGCGGCCGCGCGCGGCGCUCUGCCCGGGGGAGCGGUAGGGGUUAAUCUGCGCUGCUGAACUUGUCGCGGUUGACCUCGCGUGGCCGCGUCAGCCUCGCCGGCCCCUUCUGCCCGCUCCAGCUGCGGCGCCCUGCUCGGACUUGGAGGAACCGGAGGCUCGAGGGUUUUCCAGGCUUCGCGCCUCCUGUAGGGUUUCGGCAGGGCCCGCAGAGGCGGAAACUGUUUUCAGAAGCUGGGAGUGCGCCUUGUCCUGGAGGCCUUAUCAGAACCUCCUUGCCUGACCCAGGGCCUGGUGGGUGACUGGGAGGACCUCCUUGACAGGGUGACAGGGGCCUGCCUUGAGCCUGCUGGGGCCACCACCCCCAGGGGCGCUGUCCAUGAUCAGUUGCCAGGGACUCAGCCCUUGGGGGUCCAAGUCCCUGCCCUGCCCCCAGCUUUAUCAGAAAAUUUCUUCACCUCGCUGGGUCCUUCCCGAAAUGUUUCCUGGCCUUGGGGCUUUAAAACCAGAGCUCCUGAAUUCACCCAGAGAAAGGUAUUCAGAGCUCAAGCUCAGCUCAGACAUGGCACCUGGCUCCUGGGUACCUAACUGAUGCGGCAUUGUGACCAGAGUUAGACCUUGGGUGCCCUUGGACACUCGCCCUUCCCACAACCCCAGAGAGUCCUGAGUCCCCACAGGGCCAGUUAGCCUUGGCUAGACAGUACUAAGGGUACUUGCCAGCACUUCUAACUACUCCAGAAUUAGGCUGAGAGGUAGGGCACUGGUUUUUAAUGAAGAUGACUGGGCCAUUCUAGUUUGCCCGGAGGAGUUUCUUGGGACAUGAGACUUUCAGCUUUGAAACUAGGAAGGUCCUGGGGAAAGUGGGACAAGUUUGUUACUGUAUUUUUAACCCUGGCUGCACAAUAGCUUCAUACAUGGAGCCUCUCAUCUAGAGGGUCUAACCUGAUUGAUCCAGGGAGGGUCUCAGAUAGGAAUAUUUCUUUUAAAGCUCCCAAGUUGAUUCCAACAAGCUAUCAGAGUGAGGAACUACUCGAUUAUAACCUAGGCAACAUUGCUGUAUAACCACUGAAGGUGGUUACUUUUUGGGCAUAAGUGGACGGAGGUGUCUCUCAAAAGGGUGUAUAGCCAACUGUAGUGGUCCUCUCCUUAACAAGAGGACUAUCAGAAUGGCAGUGGCCUUAUUGCUAUGGUCUUUUCCCAGUUCCCUUAUUGCUCGACAGCAAGGAUCAAACUUUCUCCUUUCCUGGCAUGACUUGGUACCUCCUCUCCCAAGGUCCAUGGAUUUGCCUCAUGUCGACUGGAGAGGUCAUGAUUUGGACAGUCUCAGAUGAAGCUGUCAUGAGACUUGACAGGGAUCCAGUCUCUUGGGCGGGGAUGCUUACACCUAUGAGUGGUGGUCUGGGAGCUAGCUGAAAGUGCUGUGUAUACUUCAGCUUCUUCCUGUGGGACUGUUCCCUCUGCAGGCUGCCAGGAUCAUGUGGUAUGUCAGCACUCGGGGGAUGGCCCCACGGGUCAACUUUGAGGGGGCUCUCUUCUCUGGCUAUGCUUCCGAUGGGGGUCUCUUCAUGCCCGAGGAGCUCCCACAGCUGGGCAUAGAGACCCUGCAUCAGUGGAGUGCGCUCUCCUACCCCAGCCUGGUGAAGGAGCUGUGCACCCUCUUCAUUGGUCCUGAGCUCAUUCCAAAAGAAGUCUUAAAUGAUCUGAUCGACCGGGCCUUUAGCAGAUUCCGCCACAGAGAGGUGGUCCAUCUGUCCAGGUUGAGGAAUGGGCUGAACGUGUUGGAGCUGUGGCAUGGGGCCACGUAUGCGUUUAAGGACCUGUCCCUCUGCUGUACAGCACAGUUCUUGCAGUACUUCCUGGAGAAGAAGGAGAAGCACAUCACUGUGGUUGUAGGAACAUCUGGGGACACAGGGAGUGCUGCCAUUGAGAGUGUUCAAGGGGCAAAGAACAUAGACAUCAUCGUUCUGCUGCCCAAGGGUCACUGCACAAAGAUUCAAGAGCUCCAGAUGACCACAGUGCUGAGGGAGAAUGUCCAUGUGUUUGGGGUGGAGGGCAACAGCGAUGAGCUUGAUGAGCCCAUCAAGGCCGUGUUUGCCGACGUGGCUUUUGUCAAGAAGCACAAUCUGAUGAGUCUGAAUUCAAUCAACUGGGCCCGGGUCCUUGUGCAAAUGGCCCAUCACUUCUUUGCAUAUUUCCGGUGUGCACCAUCCUUAGACACAUGCCCCCUGCCCCCCGUGGAGGUGGUUGUGCCAACAGGGGCUGCUGGUAACCUUGCAGCUGGGUGCAUUGCUCAGAAGAUGGGCCUGCCCAUCCGCCUGGUCGCAGCAGUGAACCACAAUGACAUCAUCCACAGGACUGUGCAGCAGGGAGACUUCUCUCUGUCUGCGGCCAUUGAACCAACCUUGGCCUCAGCUAUGGACAUUCAGGUGCCCUACAACAUGGAGAGGAUCUUCUGGCUGCUAUCUGGCUCUGACAGCCAGGGGACAAGAACCCUCAUGGAGCAGUUUGAAAGGACCCAAAGCAUGAGUCUACCCAAGGAACUGCACAGCAAGCUUUCAGGGGCAAUGACGUCUGAGUCCAUGUCGGAUGAGGCCAUCACCUGGACCAUGAGUCGCUGUUGGGAAGAGAACCAGUACUUGCUGUGCCCUCACUCAGCUGUGGCUGUGGGUUACCAUUAUCAGCAGACGGAUAGGCAGCAGCCCAGCCAAGUUCCCAGAAGCUGUCCUGGCAGCCGGGCUGACCCCAGAGACCCCUGCAGAGAUCCUAGCUCUGGAGCUCAAGGAGACGCGCUGCACCCCAAUGAGGAAGGGUGACGACUGGACACUGAUGCUUCGGGACACCAUUGAGAGUCUGGGCUGGCAGCAGAGGGGUCACUUUCUGAAUGCUCCCAAAUAGCCAGGCUGGGUUGGAUGGACUUCCUUCAGGCUUCAGACCCCAGGGAGGCUUGCCCUCUGAAUUGCUUUGUGCACUUUCUCCUCAUUAAGAGUUGUCAUUAAGAGAAUCUCAGGAGGCUGCUGAGCAUGGUCUGGUGCUGGCUUUGCUUUUGUGGCUGCUGUGUUCUCACCAUGGUGGUCCUGUGCCCGGUUACUGGAGCUGCUGGGUGUGGGGGUAUGGGUGGAUGGGGUGUUCCAAAUGGUGCAGGAGCAUCCCUGCAGCAUGUCAUCGUUUCAGACCUGCCGAUGAAGAGCUUGAGCUCAAGGUGGGCCUCAGCUCCAGGGGUAAGACCCCUGAUCCUGAAUCUCUGCAGGUGGGGGCUUCUCCAUCUAUUAACACAGGUCUGAGGUUCACAGUCUCUGAGCCUUGGUUUAUCUGGUCUCCAAGCCAGAUCCAGAGGUAUUCACCUGCCUCGUCAGAGGCUCCCCUCUUGUUAGAAGUGUGGGACUCCCUGGAGUAAAAGUGCACCUUCAGUGUUAGGAUGAUCACUCUGUGGCUUGUGAGCAGAGACUAGUGGCUACCAAGUGGUGGCAGGGUGCCAGAGGGUGUGCUGCGUCUUCCUGCUGCUCCAGACUUGUCCGGCACUGAGGGGCAACAGAACAGGCAGGGGAACAGGCAGCGUGCAUGGUGGUGGUGGACAGAGUCAAGAUUUGGUAUCACCAAAUCAAGGCCAUGUGGGAAAGCAUGCACCCCAAAGUGCAAACAGAAUCAAGUUGCUCUCUUGCUCUUCUAUCAGAUUCCCCUGUUGUGUUAAUCUAAAGCAUGUGUCAUAGCAGCAUUAACCACUAAAUAAGGUCCAGAUGCCUGCAUUUCCUUAGGUACCUCCAUAAUCAUGCUGCCUCAGAGAGGUCACACUGUCUUUUCCUCUGAAAACAUGACUCACUUUCUCCCCUCUCCAUGCUUUCCACCCUGCCUUUGCCUCUGGGAGACUGUCCUUCUUUGAUAAGUCCUGCAGAUUGUUUACUGCAGAGUUGUCCUUCAUCAGGCCAGAUGGGAUCAAUGGUUCCUGAUUCUGGCAGAACUUCAACAGUAGCUUUCCUUCUACCCUGUUUUGUGGUUCCCCACAUCAGAUAUCAUCUCCCCAUCUCGAAGUUUCUUGAAGACAAGAAUCACUGCUUUACACAAUGGGCUGAAACUUUUUGGAUUUGCCCCUACUGAUCAAAAUGUUUUUAGAAUUUGUUCUCCCAACAUGUGGAUACUAAAUUAUAUGUAAACUACUACUAAAUUAUAUAUAAACUAUACUGGCCCUGGGAUCUCCUCAAAAUGCACACUUCUGGCCACCUUCAUAGAUGAAUCUCUGGGUCUGGGGUGGACAUCUGCCAUUCUUACAGAUUCCCUAAGUCUUCUGUGCACUCUAAUUUGGGAAACCCUGGCUGGGGAAUUUAAGUGGAUAAAUAAUUUAUUAAUUGUGAGGUGUACUUCACUUCCACAAGGGCAUACUUUAUUGCUCCUACAGUUUUCAUGAUCUAGCCUUGCACUGGGGAAUUCAGUAGCUCCUAGCCACAUGUGACUCUGAGCACUUGAAAUGCAAAUAGUGUAACUGAAGAGCUGAAUUUUUAAUUUUUAAAAAUUUUAAUUUACGGGCAGCCUGGGUGGCUCAGUGGUUUUGCACUGCCUUCAGCCCAGGGCGUGAUCCCCGAGAUCCAGGAUCGAGUCCCAUGUCGGGCUCCCUGCAUGGAACCUGCUUCUCCCUCUGCCUGUGUCUCUGCCCCCCCCUCUCUCUCUCUGUGUGUGUGUGUCUCUAUGAAUAAAUAAAUAAAAUCUUUAAAAAAUAAAUGUAAAAAAAUUUAAUUUACAUUUAAAUUUCAAAACUAAUACUUGAUUCAGUCAUUAAAAUCUUUUAAGUAGUUUUGGAAAGAUGCAGGUAUGUGAAUCUGCUUUUUCGCUAUAAAUUUUAUGAAGUUUAAAUAUAGAUACGUAUUCCCAAUGAAAAUUUAGUGUUCUAAUUGAAAUACACCGUAAGUGUAAAAUACAUGCUGGACUUCUAAGACUUCGAAUGAAAAAAAAUCUGAAAUAUCUCAGUAAUAAUUUUAUAUUGAUCACAAGUUGAAAGGAUAUUUUUUGAUGUGUUAAAUAAAAUAUAUCGCCAACUUUAA